AUGCCACCUCCUGGACUGGGCACUGGGACUUCACAGCGCUCGCGCAGCCUCUCCACCAAUCACAGCGCGGUUUCCUCAACAGCCGUCCAAUCACAGAAAGCGCUGUUAGACGGUGAUUAUGGAAACCAACAUGGCAGCCUGCUGGAGCUGCACACUAGAUGCUCAGCCGGACGAUCACAGAGGUGUCUUGGCGCUCAGGAGGGAAGAAUCUCUCCAACAGAGCUCUGUAGGAAGUGUCUGAACCACAUCAAGAAAACACAACAUCUUAAUGUAAUCACUGUGACAGAGGAGGUUGGCACUGAAGCAGGCUCAAGAAGCGAAGAAACCAGACUGCUGAGAGGUUCCCCCAAAGGUCUACUGGAUGGAAUCCCAUUUACAGUCAAAGACAACUUCUGCCUACAGAAAAUAUCAAGACUACAUUGUGCUUCAGGAUGCUUAAAGACUACACUCCACACAUACAAUGCUACAGUGGUCAGAAGCUUUUUUGACCAAGGGGCUGUUCAUGGGAAGUCCAACAUGGAUGAGUUUGCUAUGGGUGCAGGCAGUACUGACGGGGCUUUCGGUCCGGUGAGAAACCCCUGGGGCUAUGCGGCUCCCUACAGAGAGCAGACCGGGGCAGCGCUAGACUCUGACUGGGUCGUCACUGGAGGAAGUUCAGGAGGAAGUGCUGCAGCUGUGGCCUCACUCACCAGCUACCUGGCUUUGGGUUCAGACACAGGUGGUUCUACUCGUAACCCCGGAGCACUGUGUGGCGUUGUGGCCCUGAAGCCCACUUAUGGUCUGCUGUCCAGACAUGGUCUCAUCCCCCUGGUCAACUCCAUGGACGUCCCCGGCAUUAUGACCCGCAGCGUCAGUGACGCAGCCAUCGUCUUAGGUAUCCUCCAAGGCCUUGAUAUUAAAGAUUCAACAACAACUCCUGCUCCCUCAUCACUGACAGAGUUACCUGAACACUUUGAUGUCAGGAACAUCUGCGUAGGCAUUCCUAAGGAGUACCACGCCCCGGGGCUGUCUGAGGAGACUGUAGCACAAUGGAGCCGUCUUGCUGACAUGUUUGAGAGGGCGGGGGCGCAGGUGAAGCAAGUAUCCCUUCCCCACACCCAGUACUCCAUUGUGUGUUACCAGGUUCUGUGCCAUGCUGAGGUGGCAUCUAACAUGGCCCGUUUUGACGUCCUAUAAUACGGCCAUCGUAGCGAGGUGGACAGCUCGACGGAGGCCAUGUCUGCCUCGAGCCGACACGAGGGCUUCAACGAUGUAGUGAGAAGGAGGAUACUGUCUGGAACAUACUUCCUGCUCAAACAGAACUACCAGCACUACUUUCUAAAGGCUCAGAAAGUCCGCCGGUUGAUCGCAGACGAUUUCAAACGCGUGUUCAGAUCGGGCGUGGACGUGCUGCUGACGCCCACCACUCUGACUGAUGCAGCCCGUUACUCCGACUUCACACAGGAAGACAACCAAACACGCAGCGCGCAGGAAGACGUCUUCACCCAGCCUGUCAACAUUGCAGGUCUCCCUGCUGUUUCUGUGCCAACUGCUUUAUCAAGACGGGGCCUCCCUAUUGGUUUGCAGCUCAUAGCCCCCGCCCUCCAAGACAUGAAGCUGCUCAGUGUUGCCCGAUGGAUCGAGCAAAGGGUUGGGUUUCCCUCCAUCAGUGACUAUGGAGACUCCAGCAAGAGCAGGUGUGACACAGGAAUGUCCAAAAGAGAGCAGACUUCAGCUGUAUGAAAAGAACUGUGGACACCAGGGACUGACUGUUGACAAAGGCACAUAUAAUGGACUUUAAAGUAACUACUUUUCUUGACUUGUACGAUGCCUUUUCCUUGAUGGAAUGAAACACAAGGGAUGGACUCAGUGCUUUAUAACAUGCCUCAUAUUUGAAGUGCAGGGACAUUGUGUUUAAUCUGCGACAUGCUGCUGUAUUUGUUGUCUGAAAGUGGUGCUAUUAAAUAUAUGCAAAAUGGUGAUUUAU